AUGAUCUGCACUAAAAAAAAGAGAACUUUAGAAAGUUUUUAGCUACUUGAUUAUUUGAAAUUUAGAACGAAUUCAUGUUUCGAAUUUUAACCUACAAAUUCUACGGACGAUUUAUAAGGCAUUUUGAUAAAAGAUUGCGAAUUAUUUGACUCAUUUGAGAUUAAUCUCUAGAAAGGAAAUAAUCAUGAAAUGAGUUAAAGAUUUAUUGGGCUAUACAAAGGCAAACUAAUCAUAUUUUAAAAUUUGAAAGAUGACCAUUAAUCAAAGGACUUUAAAGCCUUCGAUAAAUAUGUAAUCAGACUAGAUGAGCCAAAAUCACAUGAAUUAGUCAAAAUCUUGGGCAAAGGAGGUAAUGCAGUUGUAAAAUUAGCACACAAAUAUAAAACUUUGAAAGAAAGUGCUGCCCCCUUGCUUAAAUAGACUGCUAUUAAGCAAAUUAAAAAGUCUACCUUACUCAAUAAUAAAGUAGCUAUUAAUUAACUAAAACUAGAAAUUGAAGCACACAGGAAAUUAUAAGAAUGUGGAAACAUUUUAACUCUUUAAAAAGUUUACGAAUCCAGCAACAAUAUCUAUCUUUUCCUUGAUUAUUAAGAAGGUGGAACUUUGAUGGACAUUCUGAUUCAUUCCAAAGAAAUCAUAGAAAAAGAUUUAUAGAUCAUAAUGGGGUAGCUCUUCUUGGCAGCCGAUUACAUGCAUUAGAUGGAUGUUAUUCACAGAGACCUCAAAUUAAAUAAUAUUUUGCUCAAAUCUAAAGAAAAGAAUAAUUACGAUCUAAGAAUCGCUGAUUUCGGACUCUCCUGUGUGUACUCUGAUGAUAAGAAACCUUAAGAAAAAUGCGGAACUCCUACUUAUAUAGGGCCUGAAAUUCUUGAAGGAGAAAAAUAUGAUCAUAAAGUUGACAUAUUUAGUUUGGGAUCAAUAAUGUAUAAUUUAGUUACUGGCCGCUACCUAUUUCAAAGUUCGGAUAAUGAUAAUAUCUUGUUUCUCAAUAAACUAUGUCAUCUUGGUCAUGUUGACAAGUAAAUUACUUCACUAAGUAGUGAUGGGAGAGAUUUAUUGCUAAAGCUUCUAGAGAAGAAUCCCUUGUUCCGCCCAACGGCUAAGUAAGCUCUUCAGCAUCCUUGGUUUUAAGGAGACAGAGAUGCUUUAGAUGCUGCAUUGAUUAUUAAUGAGCAAAUCUAAACUUUAACUUAUCAAAAAAGGUAUGAUAUCUAGUCUAUCUAGCUAAAUCAACAAUUAGAUGAGCUAAGCUCUUAAGUAAAUGCGAAAAUGAAUUUCCAACAAAAAUUAUCAGGAACAAGUAAUUAUCACUCAAGAUUUUCAAGUAACCAAAGAAUUCGAUCGGGAAAGGAAAGUUCACAGCUUAGUUAUUAUGAUAUGAUAACAUCAAAUUGA